AAGUGGGGCUACGGCAAGCCGUGUGGACCUGAAAGGUUGUGACUCAUCAGUAGCGUUUCCAGUCGGCAGAGAAACCAACACUGCGAUCUGUGAAAACAACUAAUAUACACGUGAGUAUGGAAAUAUUUUUAAUGUGAGUGUAGUUUUAUUUUCCUCCCAGCAUGGUUUGUGUGUUUUACAGGCCGUAGAAUCUCCACACAGCCUGACAUACGGCUUCAAGUUCGCAUUUCUUAUCACAGACUAUCUUUUUCUGAGCAUAUGUCUCCGUUAACAGUUUGUUUUUCCUCAUAGAAAUGACUUCAGUGAACAUCCCAACGCUGAGCAUCUUUAUAAUAUACAUUUACAGGAGUCAGUAAUUGCUCUCGAUCAUUUGUAAUUUCAUUGAACUAUGUAAAAGGCUUGAUUGUUGUGAUGUUUAAAAAGCUUUAGUUUACAAACAUGACAAUGCUAAUUUACCUUCUACAGGAACUACAGUGAACAACUGUAGCAACAGCAGCUUUAAUAAGACAACAAUGGGGGAACUGCUGAAAAAAAAAAAAAACUAUAAGUGAAACGGAUGUGGGCUGACUCAGAGUACUAUGAAACCUGCAUUUAGUAUUCAAUGUGAUGUCCACCACAGCUUUUCAGAGUGCACACUGGUCUCUUACGAGUCUGUCUGUGUGUCUGUUUGUUUGCAGAAUGAGGAGCAGCAGGUGUAGGUUACACUGGGGGGGACUUCUCCUCCUCCUCCUGUCCUGCUGUGUCUCUGUUCUCUCUCAGGCAGAUCCCCAGACGGUUGUUGAAUCUGCAGCUCAUGUAACUGGUCAUGGACAUGGUCGCCUGGACAAAAACAUGGUUCAUGACAAAGAGUGAGUGGCAUCUCUGCAUGUAAAUUGUGUAGGAGACAGUGGUGUAAGUUGAGCCAACCCCCGUUGCUUGAAAAUGGUAAAAGAAAUUGAUCAUGUGACCACCACUUUUUUUGACAUGCUAUAUUAUCAAGACAGUUCUGUUUACACUCAUUCUGUUGGUUUGCAGGGAUGCACAACAUCUUGCAUGUGCAGAUACACUAGUUGGAGACAAAACUAUGAUUGCCUUGAUGUAGUGAUCCCAAAUAUGAAAAAUGUCUCAUCUUACCCCACUCUCCUCUACUUACCCCACUCUCCCUGUGGUUUUUUUGUCUUACAGCCACAUCAUCGAGCAUUUAGAGGGGGUGAUCGACAAACCGGAGAAAGACAUGACCCCCCAGGAGCUCCAGCUGCACUACUUCAAGAUGCACGAUUAUGAUGGAAAUAACCUGCUGGAUGGGCUGGAGUUGGCUACUGCUAUCACGCAUGUACACAAAGAGGUUAGUAUUUGUUGGCAGAUGGUUUAGAUGUGUCUUCUAGGUUUUAACAUCCAUACACAUGAUCAUUUAAACUUAAAAAGUAAAUUAACUAACUUAAAUAUCCACAAAUAUAUCUAAAAAUUAAUGUGGGAUUACUUGUGUAGCAGCCUGGGUGGGUUGUGUAGACUUUGUAUGACUGAUACUAAUGAAUAAUUUGUAUUGUUAGUGAAACACUGGUGUGUUUUGAUUCUGGGUGUUUCUCAGGAGCGAGGAGACAGUUUCCAGCCAAUGAAGGAGGAGGAGCUGAUCGUUCUGAUCGAUGAGGUUCUGAGGGACGACGACAAAAACAACGACGGUUACAUCGAUUACGCAGAGUUCGCCAAAUCCCUGGAGUGAAGCGUCAUCUGAGUGCUUCUUCAUGUUAACAACAACAACAACAGCGAGGGGGAAUCUGCAGGAAGAAAAGUGAACUACAAAACCACUGUCGAAUCAGUUUUUCAGCGAAGGCGAUCAGAGUUAUUGGUAAUUAUAUGUGAAACUUAUUUUUUAGAGUGAUUAAGAAAUCAAGAAAACAACAAGGAGGAUAAAUGACUCUGUUGUGCUCACACUCGCAAUGACUCUUCUGCACCUUCAUUUUCUGCAGAUUCUUUGAAAUUAUCCUUUAAGGGUCAGUUCACACCCAAAAAUCACACAUCCACAUUCUGAUGAACAAGCCGCAAAUUCAGCCAAAGCUGUCUGUAAGAGUUAUGUAAGACAGCCUUUUUUCUUUCCUUAUUUUUUAAAUGAUUUUGAGUGAAUUGGCGCUUCAUAUUUAACACUUUGUAGAGUGUGUACUUUUAGUGGUGCUUCUAGUGGUUUUGUAGCAUCUAAAUAGAAUGUCAUCACUCUGAGUGCUGGAGUCAAACAGAAACACAUUAACACAAACACACGGCUGCUGUGUGGUCCAAAUGAUUCAUUUUCUGUCAUCAAACAUUUUCAUCUCAAAGUUAAGUGCCCUUCAAGAGAUGAAGUCUGAGUUGAUAGAGGAGGGACUGAGGAGGUAAAAAAAAAAAACAACAAGACAGGAAGAGGUGUCAUUUCACUACUUUGUGUCUCUUCCUUGCGUCUUGCUUGAGGACUGUACCAUUGACCACAUAUAGAAACAAACAUGUCUCCACCUGUUCCUGUGGUACAAAACCAGGCCUGACAUGUUAGGUGACAUUUUUGAAGCCAGAGUAUGUGCAGUUGGAGCCUGGCUGGUGGAGUUUGAUGGUUUGACCCUUCCUCCAAACACACAUUUCAUCUAUCGAUUCAAGCAGCAGAGACUCCUCAAGUUUGACAGACCUCUGUAACUGAUCCAUGUGUCGGUUUAAAGAGGCCUCUCACAGAAAAGAAAAUUUUGUUGACUCUUAUGUUCACGUUCGUCAGAUUUCUCUCACGAUUCCUACUUUACUCUGCUUAUCCAGUGCACACCAAACAAAAGAAGCAGCAUUUGUUUACAGAGCUCUUAAUUGUGAUUUUAUUUUAACAUCAAAAAACUGAGGACAAAAUCUCAGAGCAAAAAUAAAAAUUGGAAACAAAUCAGUACGAUAAGAUCAGAUUAUAAAGGCAGAAACCAUGUUUGAGAAAAACUCGUAUGGUUUAAUAGUUUGAUCCAUCUCUCAUAUGUUAACAUGGAGGAGGUGUGGUUUAUGACUAUACUCUGGCCAGGCAGUAGGGGGAGCUCUAAGUCUUCGGCUCUGUGUGGUCAAUCUUUUCUACACUUUGAGCCCAGAAUGUAGAAAUUUUGAUGUAAGUGGUCAUCUUAAAGGAGGUUUGAUCUGCAAACUGAAUCUCAAGAUGAUAAAUCUACUUUGGUCAAAGGUAAUUGGCUAGAAAAAAUUUGUGAUUCAUGAAACUAAAUGUUAUAAUGGGACUGAAAUGUUACAUUUUUUUAGUUAAAAAAAGACAGCUCUGAAGCAGUAGCCUUCCUGCCUCCUCUUCCUCUUGAUUGCUUUUUGUUUGUGUUUGAGGUAUAAGGAAUGAAGACAGAAGGAGAGUGAAGGAGGGAGUGGACAUGAGAGAGGGCCUUGGUGCUGCUCAUGUCAGCUCCUGAGGUUGUGUUCAUAAACAAACAAUGCAGUCACAUCCUCUUCACAUUUAGAUACUUGACAGACGCGAUGGAGUGAAUGUAAGCGGUCUCAGACGGUUAAUUCUCUGUCACUGGAUAAACUCAAAGCACACUGGUUGUCUCCACUGGUUUCCAGUAAAGCACUUGUGAUAAACCAUUGAACAUGUUUGCUUUCGCUGCCUUUAAACCUGACAUGAAUCAAACAUGUCGUCUCUCAGAGAGUUGCUGAAUCCAUCUGUGAUUUUUUUUUUGUUUUGUUUUAUAAAGUUUGAUUUCAUAUAAAUGAACUCUAUAUUUUUGCCAUCCAGUGUUAAUUCUUCAAUCACUUCAGGUUGAUGAAUGAAAGUAUGUCAUAACAUAACAGACACAACUGUGUUGUCUCUGGGAUGUGAAAUAUUAAAGACUGAAACAGAAACA